UCCUUCAAUUUCUGGGUAAUUGUGGAUAAUGGAAUGGCCACUACGAUUUGCUGUUGUUUUUGAAUAAGUGAUAUUAACUUAACCUUACAAACGGCGCUUGCGCGUUGUAAAACUAGAUUCGAGCGCGAUAUCACGUAAAACGUAGAACAUGCAGUGAAAGUUUAUUCGAAUUUGCUGCGUGUUGUGCGAUUCAGACGCGUUGGUGUAAUUGCGUCUUCAAAAGCAAGUGGAGAUGCUGAUGGUACGAUUUAUACAUUGGGUUAAAGUGAAAAAAAGAGAUCAAUUGUAAUAUUUUCAUAUGUAGUAGAAAGCAGAAAUGUGUCGUCAAGUGAGAAGAAAACAAUCACCAUCAGGAUCGUAUACGAGGGCAACGCGUACAGUUGAUACUGUUACAAAAAAAAUACUUAGAUCUUCAAAGGUUUCUGCAAGGAAGGAAGAUCAUGGAGUGAUAUUGAAUUCUACUCCUAAAAUUAACAAAAAGAGAUAUUUGAAGUUGUCGAAAGUUUUAUCACCUGAAAAUUGUACUUCGAUCGUAAGGAGUUCUUGUAUAAACAAGGUAGGCACUUCACAAACAAAUAGUCAUGUCUCUCUUAAAGUUAAUAAGGCUUCGAUGCAACAGGAAAAAAAAUUCUUCAAAAGUAAGAUACACGGACCAAGUGCUAUAGGUGAUAUUGAGAAAUCUAAAGGCAAUUUUAAGAGGAUGGCAUUGCGAGAUAUUAAAAAUAAGCAAAAGGGUAUUAAAAUAAACAGAAAAAAGGAAUUGAAUGAGAGUUCCUUUAAUGUAAAAGUGAAAGAUUCAAAGGAUCCUAUGGCAGUUAAAUGUGAAAGAAGGUUACGCCCACGUAAAAAUGUAAAAAAUUAUUGUGAAGAAUCCAUGCUACUAAAUAAACAUAUUACACCAGGUAAACGGAAUAGUAUUGUAAAGUUAGAAAGAUUACCAGAUUUGGAAAGAAAGAUCCCUAUAUAUAAAACAGUAAAAGAUCUCGAUACUCCUGAGUCGAACAAAAACGAAAUUUAUGAUUUUAUCGUAAAUGGCGAUGGUAUUAAUGAAAAAUUAACAAACACAAAGAGGAAGAGAAAUAGUAAAAAACCAAUGACACGAAAAACAAAAAAGAUUCCUAAAAAUAAGCUUGGUGGGAAAAUCAUUGGAAAAGGUAUUGAAGAAAAUCUACAACCUGUACAACAGAAUAAGAUAAAGAAUGAAGUAAAGAAUCAGAUGAUAAUCAAGAAAUUGGAAAAUAACCUUGAACCACAUGAUCAUGUAAUCAUAAAGAAUUUGGUUUCACCAGAAAAAGAAGCUGAAGGAGUCCCAGACCUGAGCAGACCUGAAAUUAUAAACCCUUCGCAAAAUAUGAAUACGAAUGGCAAUCCAAAGCCAAAAAUUGUGUGUGUUCAGAGUCUGGAUCAGAAAACGAAGAUCAAUAUAGUACAUGUGUUAUCUCCAGUUUCAUCCGCUCCAGAAAAAGGAAUAGACAUAAAUACUGAAAGUUCUGUUUUAAAGACUACUGCUUUAGCAAAUUUCAAGCCAUUCCGACCUACAAAUAUAUUCAAUAAUUUUACAAACCCUAAUGCAGAAAUGAUGAAUCAUUCUCUGUUAAACAAACCAUUGUCUCCUAUUUCUAAAAUGUCAAAUGAUUUUGAUACUUCAAGUCCAUGGAGACCACCCACCCUAAAUGUUUUCUCACAAAUGAAGCAAAUGGUUCACAGCACUCCUCAAGUAAAUCAAUCUGCAACACUGAAGAAAAAGACAAUUAAUACAGCUGAAACAAAACAACCUAUAGGACCACGAAUGCAUUUUACCAAUUUAUUAAAGGAGAAUGAGAAUAGCAAAGAUAUUCAGAAAAAAAGUCCUAAGAAAAGCUCACUUGAUGUAGGCUCACCCAGACAAUUUGGAACUGAACUAUCAAAUGUUAAUUCUACAGUGCAAUCUAAUGUUAAUACAUUUGACGUUCGAAGCGAAACUGCUUUAUUGAUACCAGGUAUGCAACGGUCUGUUGUUAUUAAUAAAGAGAAUACAGUUCCUACCUUUCAAAGCCCAAAAAAUUCGCUUAAAAAGUCUGCAAAGCAGGCAAAUCCUGCAAGUCCUAAAGCACAAGAAAAUUUAGAAAUCAAAACUGUUUUCCAAAAGCUUAACAAGCAUGAUGAAAUUAUUGCGCCUCAACCAGGACCUUCGGGUCUACAAACAGUGCAAAUAACACAUACAAAGCAUGGAUUAUUCGACGAUGUGAAUUCAGCACCAAUCAAUACUGACUUGAAGAAGAAAAAAAAGGUUGAACCAACAAUAGAAAAUGCUUUUGGAUUUGAUGAUUCCAACUCUAUUGUUGAUAAUGUGCCACUGGCUAAGCCUACAAUUCUUGCUCCGUGUAUUUCUCAAUGUGUAGAUAACAAAGCAACUGAUAUAAAUAUAUAUGCUGAAAAAUUCAUGUCCAAACCUGCAAGAAUUUCAAUUGAAGAAAUAACGAAAUUGUUGACAAGGGAGCCUGUAAAAGACAUUGAUGUGGAUAAAGCACACCUCAAAUGUACAAGAGAGUCUCUCAAAGAAACGAAAAGUCUGGAAGGAACGAAUGUUAAUAGAAAACAUGCUAAAAAAAUUGAAACUAUAAGAGAAUCCAGUUUUUUGGAUACCUUUGAUCAAGUCCCAAUGUCGGAAAAUGAAAAGGAGAAAGAAAAUUCCUCAGAAAUAUCACUCUUUGAAGAUCUAGAACCAGUACACUUUAACAAGCCGCCGAGGUAUUCUUAUAAAAGAACACGUCCUAUUAAGUACAGUUUUUCUGAAGAUGAAGAGGACCAGCAUCGGGAUAAUAAUAGGCCUGGAACAAAAAAGAAAAGAAUUAAUAAGGCACACCAUAAAGAUGAAGAAAGAUUAAAGCAGUGGGUUAAAAGUAUUAACGAUACCUUCAGUGAAAUAGAUCAUUACGAUUUGGUAGUCGAAUAGAAUAAUAGGACAUUUCAAAGCAUUUGUGGCGUUCUAUUCCAAAUUUUUGGUGCAAUCUCAUUGCCUACUUUUAAAGAAUGGAAAUGUAUAUUGUGUGAACAGUUCUAAAGACACAUUUACAAAAAUGAAAAGGUGAAUUUAAAACAAUUAGUACUAUACUAAAGUACUUACGAAAAGUACAAUUUAAUGGAAAUUAUUCUUAGAUAUAUAAUACCUUGUAAGUUAGGGUACAUAGAGAUUAACUUAGUUGUACAAACACAUACCUAUUUUCUUAUUUGUGUGAAUGACAAGUUACUAUUCCCUCUACAGGAGCAAGCAUUAACAACAUUGAAAUUUGAACUAAUAUUUAAAAAUUAACUCAGAUGUACAAUUUUAGUGUAUGCACAUAUUACUUCAGUGUCUUUUCAAAGGGUUACAAGAUCGACUUCCGUCCUCCCCUUACUCUCUCAUUCUUCUGCCUCAUUAGUUCACUCUCGCUCUCUCACCCCCAUCCGCUUGCCCAUCUUUUCCCUCCUACUCUCCAUCUCCCAUUCGCUAGUUCGUUUUCGCUCAUUUGUUCAUUUGCUUUUUUGCUCACUCCGCCUUCGCCCCCCCCCCCCCAUCUCUUUCUCCUGCUUCCAUCUUCUCAUCCCCUCUUCCCCCUGUCCCUUCUCCUCAAAGACCUUCCUUAAUACGUUGAGUGCGGAACCGAUUUUGAUGAGCUUUCCGUUCAGGCGGCACAAUUUUUUAUAUAUAGGAUUCUUGACGCCGUGUCAGUCCCCAGGGACUGACGCCGCUUAAACGGAAAGUUCACUGUCAGUCCCUAGGGACUGACGCAGCACUCAACGUGUUAACUAUGUACAUACUAUUGUAGUGAUAAAAUAUAUAAAUAAUACUAUGAACAUAUUUAUAUAAUAAUAUUGACAACUGGUUAUAUACGCUAUCAUUUAUAUUAAGAUUUUUGUAUCUUUGUACCGUUUAGUUAAAAUAGAUACCAACAAACCAGCACUUUAGGUAAAACUCCAAGGUAUAAGGUCUUUAUGUAAUUUAUGAUGUAUACUAUUAUAUUUAAAAAUUUCUUUGCUACACAGAAUAUAGAAAUUAAAAUGUUAUAAUCAAUAUAUUUUCGGUACUUUAAAA